AUGACCUCAGAAAACUUUGUGCAAUCUGCAAUUUCAUGCUUUGAUGGUCAUUAUAAUCAUUGGAGCAUGCUAAUGGAGAAUUUUUUACGGUCUAAAGAGUAUUGGCAUAUUGUUGAAGCCGGGGUAGCAGAACAAGCAACGAGCACAGUGUUAUCAGACCAACAGAAAGCUGAUCUCGAAGGGCAGCGGCUAAAGGAUCUUAAAGCAAAGAACUAUCUCUUCCAAGCAAUUGAUCGCUCAAUCUUGGAAACUAUUCUUUGCAAGGACACUUCUAAACAAAUAUGGGAUUCCAUGAAAAAGAAAUACCAAGGUUCUACAAGGGCAAAGAGGCAGCAGCAUCAAGCACUUCGUUUGGAGUUCGAAACACUUCGAAUGAAGUCGGGAGAGUCAGUCACAGAUUAUUUCUCUCGAACAAUGGCGAUCGUGAAUAAGAUGCGGAUCUAUGGCGACAAGAUGGAGGACGUGACCAUAGUAGAGAAGAUUCUUCGAUCCAUGACUCCAAAAUUUAAUUUUGUUGUUUGUUCCAUAGAAGAAUCUCAUGACAUUGAUGAACUUUCAAUUGACGAAUUACAAAGUUCUUUGUUGAUUCAUGAGCAUAAAUUAAACCAGCACGAGAAAGAGGAGCAAGCUUUGAAGGCCUCCAUAGAAAAUCACUCAGCACCAAGAGAUCACAGAAAACGAGGUAGAGGUCGAGGCAGAGGCUGA